AUGGCGCCUAGUUCCUCUACACCUUCAGCAGUCUCCGCUUCUAAUGGUGGCCCUAGUCGGUCAACGAUUCUCUGGAGUGUUAUCGGCGGAGUUGCAGCACUCUGCGUUGGAAUAGCUCUGUUGGUGGUCUACAAGAUACACAGACAGCGCAGAAGGAGGGCGGUUAGCGUUGCCCCGUCAGCAGUAUAUGGACCGCACUACGUCUAUGCCAGGUUGGCAAACCCAGGCGUGGCCCUGACAAGAGAUGAUGUCAGGGGUUCAGAGGACAGUCGGAGAACGGUGUUGCCAAAACUAUCAACUCCUGAGCCUGCGUCGAGUUCUCUGACACUGCCAAUUAUCGAUGACGCGUCAAGCAUAUCUUCUUAUUCGCCAGCAGUCGAGUCGUCAGAAGUGCAUGCCCAUUCGCCAAUUAUUCCUCUAUCCCAUUUCGCAAAGCUUGUCCCAUUGCGCAGGGGGAUGCAAGAUGCCUGCAUCCCCAGCCCUGCUGGCCCUCCCCCCCAAUAUGCAGCGGCAUCAACCUCCCGUCUAUCGUCUCUCUAUGCAGACAUAUCGCCGCACAAGAAGUCUAACCCAGCGUCAUUCAGCGCCAAUGUCGAGUGGUGGCGAACAACACUCGAAGCCGUAGUCAGCUCUGGCAUUCAGCCCUCCAAAAGCCGCCUUGUGCUCAAAGCCGACGCCAGUCUCAUGGCCCUCCUUCGUGUACCUGGUGCCGGCAGACCUCUCGCAUUACCCACAGUCCUCGCCGAGCUCCGCUCCCAGAAAGCGUUGUUUACGCAAACCGAAUUUCUCAAUUCUGUGGAAUCUGUGUAUAACCCUGGCUGGCUCCCCGGCCGGAUAGUCGCGUAUGUCGUUGGAAAGCCGUUAUGGUGGGCCCUGGAGCAGCUGGGUGUUGUCGGAGAAGACAGCUUCGUGUCUGGUUCGUCAAAAGACACCUCUUGGUGGGGCGAAUACGUGAUUUUGUCCCUUGUGGAGUCUGCUGCCGAGGCAGUGCUAGAAAAACAAGCAGAAUCAGUUGGAGAGCCUGCGGACUCGCUAUACAGUCAAGACGGGUUCAAGAAGAACUUUGUUCCGGCACUGUCAGAUACCGAAGUCAAGAUACUGCUCAAAUUUCUUCAACGGGAUCGAGGCGCUGUCGUUGUUGACGGUGAUGUUAUUAAAUUCGUCGACACGAAGACAUCUCUGAGGGAAAUAACCGCGAUUGACCGUGGAAUGCUCGAGCUGAAAGAAGCAGUCGACCAUCUCAAGGCCAAAGUUGCGAGCAUUCAACAAGAAAUCGACAAAUGUACUCAGAGGGCUGCAGAGGAGCUGCAGCGCAAGCACAAAUCAAUGGCUUUAAGCUACUUACGGUCACGGAAGCAGCUCGAAGAUUUACUGCAGAAACGAUUAGGGUCUCUGGCAACAUUAGAAGCCACACAGAUGAGUGUGCAGACUGCUGCUGGUGACGUUGAGAUCCUCAAAUCAUACGAAGCAUCAACAAGCACUUUACGCUCUAUUCUCGCUCACCAGUCCCUCCAACGUGACAGCAUUGACAAGACAAUGGACGCGCUGGCCGAAGCCAACGCAGAUGCUCGUGAGGUGGACGAGGCGAUUCGUAUCGGCGGGGACAUUGCGCUUGGAAUUGACUCCAAUCCCGCGUUUGACGAAGAUGAUUUGGAGGAGGAGCUUAAGCGGCUUGCGAAGGAGGACGAGGAAGAUAAACUUAGAGAGAAGCUGCAGAGUGUUGGGUUGUCGACACCUUUGGCGGAGCCUAACGCCGAGCCAGAGCCCACUGUUGAGAAGACUGCGGUUCACGUUCCUGCUGCGUAG